CUUAUCUGAGUUGUUACGUGUCAUGUGAAGUCUCAGAAUGAAGGUUGUUGCUGUUUUGUUUUUGCUGUGCUGUGGUUUGUCUGGAAUCCAUGGAGAACAAUCUGACAUAUAUGACGAGUUGAGGAAGAUGAGGAUUGAUCUAGAUAACACAGUGAGAGACCUGGAGAAGCUGAAGACAACAUAUGAGGGGAGGAAGAUAGCUUUUUCAGCUGGCAUUUCGGCGUCGGCCACCAAAUACAUUGGACCCUUUGACCACGAAUUCAAUUUGCUCUAUGAUCUUGUCUUUACAAACAUUGGCAAUGCUUACAACCCAAUCACAGGCAUCUUCACAGCACCAGUAAGAGGAGUCUAUCAGUUCGACUUCAGGGUGUAUGGUCAAGGUAGCGCCACCCCAGGCAACUCAGGAGUGAGACUACUGAGAAAUGGAACGAAUAUUCUGAUUGCUUAUGGUCGCCAAGGAGCUGGGUUUAUCCACAGCUCUAACGGAGUGUCUCAGCUGCUAGAGGUGGGAGAUGUGGUCAAUUUGCAACUGUACCCUGAUUCAUGGAUAUUUGAUAAUAUAAAUCAUUAUAACACCUUUAGUGGCCACCUGCUUUUCCCAAUGUGACAGGUGAAUAAAAUACAAAUUUUA